AACCCACAAAAUUAAUCACAACGAAAUUACGUAGUACACAUCCAGCUAAGCGAGCAAAUCUCCUCCUCCUCCUAUAUACAAUCAUGUUUUCUUCGAAAAUUUCCAUGCUUCUUCAUCUGUUAACUUUGCCCCUUCUUCUCCAAUCCGUUUUGGGAGCCGACCCUCUCUCCUACUUUUGUUCCAGCUCUGGAAAUUUCUCCGCUUAUGAUCUUUAUGAAACAAACUUAAACAAACUUAUCGGUUAUCUUUUCUAUCAAACUCCCUCUACUGGCUUUGGGAUGGGCUCAAUUGGGCAGAAGCCCCACCAAGCCCACGGCCUUGGUCUCUGCAGAGGCGAUGUCUCCUCCACGGACUGCAGAACCUGCAUUGCGGAGGCCGGCAGUGCGAUUCGCAAGCGUUGUCCAUCCAACAAGAGUGCUAUCAUAUGGUACGAUGACUGCUUAGUAAAGUACUCCAACAUUGACUUCUUCGGACAGAUCGAUAACCAGAACAAGUUCUACAUGUAUAAUAUCAGAGAGGUGAACAACUCCGUUACGUUCAACCAGAAGACCAGGGAGCUGCUCAGCCGGUUGGCAGAAGAAGCUUACGGCUCUCCAAAACUAUACGCAACUGGAGAGAUGGAGUUGGAGGGAUCGACGAAGCUUUACGGGUUGACUCAGUGCACUAGAGAUCUUUCUGGGGUUAAUUGCAAGAAGUGUCUUGAGGGUAUAAUUGGGGAGCUUCCGAACUGCUGUGACGCCAAAGAAGGUGGCAGGGUUAUUGGUGGCAGUUGCAAUUUUAUAUACGAGAUAUACCCCUUCGUUAAUGCUUAAUUUUAUUUGUAAAAUUGUCUGAUUUUGAAGGAUUGUAAGCGGAAAUAAUUACUAAUAAUUAACUAAGUUAUCCUAAGCACUGCAUGUUAGAGAGUAGUUGUAUGGAUUGUGCAAUCAAAUGCUUUCAAGAAA